UCACACUGAAAGAGGAAACACCCAACCAUUUCACACCGAUGUUCAGAUCUAAUACAUUUUGACAAAGAACACCUAAGCCUUACAAACUCUUCUGGGUCCCUCUCACAAUGAAGAUGCCGGGCCUGAUUGAUCUCACUCUCAUAUUGUUCCUGGCCUCUAGCUCAAAAGGUACAAACUGGAGUAUUGAUGUCCCCAGAAGCAUUACUGCAGGAUCGGGUUCAAACGUGACCAUAAGAUGUAACUUUACCUAUCCGAACAAAAGCGGCACUGAAUAUGUUCAAGUUUACUGGAAAAAGCCUGAGAGCAGUCCUAUGAAAACUGAUGACAACGAACUUAAUGCAUUUGUUUUUCACCCAAAUGACAUAUUUGUGCUUGAGAAGUACAGAGGACGGACCAAGCUCACUGGAAAUAUAUCCAACGGAGACUGCUCCCUCAAGAUCUUUAACUUCAUGGAUAAUGAACCAAUGAUCUAUGUGAGGGUUGUCAAAAACAGGGACAAAUACAGUUUCAGAAAUAAUUUUGUCUCCAUUUCUUUGUCUGGUCCAGGUGUUAAAACAGUCACUUUUAAUCCAGACAUGACACAACAAUCGAUCACCUUUGAAGCAAUAACAAUGGGUACGACCCAGAAGACUUCAAAACUAAUUUAUACGGCCAUCUUUGUAUCAGUUGCUGCACUUCUAAUCAUCAUCUUUGUUGCUGGAAUCGUCUUUUGUAUCAAAUGCAAAAGGUCAAAACCUUGUACCAGGGAGGAAUCUGGAUAUUAUGCAAACUUUAGCCGAGCAUCAUUAAACCAAGCCAAAAGAAAAGCAUCUUGCAACAAACAAGAGAACCAGGAACUUCCUGAGCUGAAGGCCACUGAUGACCCCGUCUACCUCAACAUUGAGGCCCCUCCAGAUCAGAUGGAUCAAAGUAUGGACUACACAGACAAUAUAUAUGCAAAUGUGGAUUAUUCAAAACCUCCAUCUCUGUCUGUCGAGGUGAAUGAUAAAGUGACUGCUUUCUGCUCUGUGUCUCACUCCUGCCCAACGAUGCCCCCCUCACUCUCCUGGAGCCACUCUGGAAUCGUCACCCGCCGAUCAAAGAGGCUGAAUACGUGGAAGUGGGAAACAGUGUCAACCCUGACCUUUCCCCCCCUCGACCCUCCGACUUCAACAAGCCUUUGA